GCGAGCGGAUUCGAUGUGAGGAUCGAUUUUCCGCCAGUCCGGAAGUAGACGCGCUUAAAAGCCAGUCGCCGCUACCUGCCGGUCGUCACUUGUUCGCCUCUCCGGCUGAGCACUCCCGAGAGUUCAUCAGCUGCGUUCGGCUGCCUUCCUUCGUCGCCGCCGCUGCUGCUGCUGCUGCUGCUGCUGCUGCAACCGCUGCCCCACUCUCUUCCAGAGCCCAGCACACGAUUGCGCAUCCAAGAUGGUGAAAGUGGAGAUCGACAGCCCGACGGUGCGCUACUCGGCCGACCUGAUUGAAGCCGACUACGUGUACUCGAUGUCCGAGGCCAAGGUCGAGGGCAACGUGUGCCGCGUGCGGCCGCGCGACGUCCGCAUGACGUUUCGCACCAAGAGGCGCGUGCCCCGGCUGGGCGUCAUGCUGGUCGGCAUGGGAGGCAACAACGGCACCACCGUGGUGGCCGCCACGCUUGCCAACAAGCUGGGCUUGUCCUGGAGAACUAAGGACAAAAUACAGCAUGCCAACUACUACGGGUCCAUCACUCAAGCGUCUACAGUCAGCUUGGGGAACGGGCCACAGGGAGAGGUGCACGUUCCGAUGAAAGACCUGUUGCCCAUGGUGAAUCCGAAUGAUGUGGUCUUUGACGGUUGGGAUAUUUCUAGCCUAAACAUGGCCGAGGCAAUGCGCAGGGCCCGAGUGCUCGACGUGCAGCUUCAAGAUCAGUUGGCGCCCCACAUGGAGAAGAUGAGACCUCGGCCUGGUAUCUUCGACCCAACCUUCGUUGCCGCCAACCAGGAGGACCGCGCCGACAACGUUAUACCAGGAAACAAACAGCGACAGCUAGAACGCAUUCGGGCUGACAUCCGUGACUUCAUUGCAUCGAGCAAAGUGGAAAAGACUAUCGUACUCUGGACAGCCAACACAGAGCGCUACUGUGAUGUCACUGACGGUGUCCACGACACGGCUGCAAACCUUCUUGACGCCAUCGAGAAGAACCACCCUGAGGUCUCUCCGUCGACAAUCUUCGCUGUAGCCGCUGUGCUCGAAGGGUGCACCUACAUCAACGGAUCCCCUCAGAACACCCUCGUACCGGGACUUCAGGAGCUAGCCAGGCAGCGCCAGGUCUUCUUGGCUGGGGAUGACUUCAAAUCUGGCCAGACAAAGCUCAAGUCCGUGCUUGUGGACUUCCUCGUGUCAGCCGGCAUCAAGCCAGUCUCCAUCGUCAGCUACAACCACCUAGGCAACAAUGACGGCAAGAACUUGUCGGCUCCGGCGCAAUUCCGAUCCAAAGAAAUUAGCAAAAGCAAUGUUGUCGACGACAUGGUUGACAGCAACUCAAUCCUCUACGCCCCGGGAGAGAAGCCGGAUCAUUGCGUGGUCAUCAAGUAUGUGCCAUACGUGGGCGAUAGCAAGCGUGCCAUGGAUGAGUACACAAGCGAGAUCAUGAUGGGUGGCCACAACACCAUUGUGGUGCACAACACUUGCGAGGACUCGCUGCUGGCAGCGCCCCUCAUUAUCGACCUCUUCGUUCUGGCUGAGCUGUGCGAACGCAUCGAGUUCAGCGUGGCCGGCAGCAAGUUCCAGGGCUUCCACAGCGUGCUCUCUCUGCUGUCGUAUCUCUGCAAAGCGCCCGCCGUGCCUCCCGGCGCGCCCGUGGUGAACGCACUCUUCAAGCAGCGCUGCUGCAUUGUCAACGUUUUGCGCGCCUGCCUAGGCCUGGCACCCUGCCACUUCAUGAACCUCGAAUUCAAGGCGAGCGACGCGUCCGUCUGGGAGCGCUCUAAGAGCGCCCUGGUGCCCGAAGAGUCCGGCUCCAAGAAGCAGGCCCGUUCGCCGCACGAGGUGCGCACCAUCGCCUGAGCGGCUGCUCGUGCCUGCCGAAGCGACUGUCGGCAGAUCUCACGAGAACUGUGUUCUUGCAACUACGGUCCUUAAGGAGCUGGCACUGUAUUGGCGAACGCUGAGCGAGCCGCUGUUCACUUACUGGCUUGUUCGUAGGGCGCCAACGUCGGAUCAAAAAUGCGAAUGAAAAGCAGCCACCGAUUGUUCGUAGCGUUCUCAAAACGCAGCAGCAUGCAAAUUUUCGUCCGGCAGUGCACCGUUGUCGUAGAUCUAAUUAUUCCGGCAAUGUAGCGAUUCUGUGCUGCAAUUUGAAAUCGCUUUCAGGUGAUUCUUUCAUUAAGCUCCAGGCUGAAUAGCAAUCUGUAAUUAUAGGUAGCUGGCGGUUUCACGAGUGCUUUCGCAUUGCCCGAUUUGAACCAAAGGCUGCCUCCCGUGUGCUAAUAAUAGUGUUCUCUACUGCGCCUUGCAUGAUCACAGUCGUCAGGGCAAACAAGUACUUAAGCUUCUCACUUUUUUCCCUUCCGUCAUAUAUAAACACGCGCGCGCGCCUAUACACAUAACGAGCAUAUAGAGUGGUUAUCUCCUAAGUUUUUGAACAUUGUUAUGUGCGGUCAUUCCUAACCAUGCUCUAUCGCAUUUGAAUGAUCGGAGCGCUCAUGGAAGCCGAGUUCUGGUCAGCGAGUAACUGUAUUUCCUUCGUAGAUAGAGCAGCGUUUGAAAUUACGCUUUUUCUUCUCUCUUCUACGGUUCCUUUCUCUCUCUCUCUCUCUCUGUUCUUUUUUCUUUCUUUCUUUUUUUUAUUCCCGCGUGUUGUGCGGAAUGUACUCAAGUAGGGAUAGCUGGGCGAGUUGGAGGGAUAAUAUUAAUAAAGAAACAAGACAGCGCACCGUCCUGUACCUUUUUCUUUUUUUUCUGCGUCUGCGUUCUUGGCGCUGUUUAUUAAAAAUGUACUCAAUUUGUUCUUUUGAAGCCUCUAUCUUUUUUUUUUCCUCGUCCUGCUUUGUGUUCAUUCACAGUGGAAAUUAGCAGAGGCCGUGUGACCGAUUAGCGCGUCCUACCCGUCGCCACACCGAAAUUCCUCGUGAUUGAUUUCGUUCACGCAUGCUCGCAGCGCCAUCGUCUCGUAAAACGAGCAGACGUCCCAAGGUCGACGUCCUGCCCUAGCGUGUCUCAUUGAUGCACAUUUGCGAUUGCAGUCGUGCUAAUGAAGAAAAAAAAAAUGAACAGCGAGCGACUGACACAAAACAAUCGCUCUUCGACAAAAGCGAUCGUUUCGGGAUACUUGCGACAAACUUAACGCGAUAGCUGCGUGUCGUCGGUGUGAAUGAGCCUUAAACAGCAUGUGUUUCAGUAUAGCUUGCAUAGAUAGAUGAGGGAUCAUGCGUUGGCUGCGUACUCUUCGUAGAGUUGCGUGCCUAGGAAAAGCGUGCAUUCGCAGACAGUGAUGUUUGUUUAGCGGGGCGCAGUGCGAUGGUCCGCGUGUGGAUGACCUCUGUGCGGAUGGCAGGGUUUGGCGGUGAUCGAGGGCAUUGCGUUUUAGGCUUCCGCGUAUACAUUGCGAACAAUAAAUGGGACAGUUCACUUCGGUGAAAGAGGCGAAGUUUUUUGUUUGUUUGUUUUUUUCCCCUUAUGUACCUGUUCACCUAGUAGAUACGGGCGGUCGUCGCGCUUUAUUUAAUGCAUCAAAAUUUCAAGUCAGCAAGUUUUCAUUCGCAAAUGUGGAAGCGCAUUUAUGUAAGUAGGCGUGCGCGGCAUUCCCCGAAACAAAAAAAGACUUAUGUCCAUCGCCGCAUGAAAUGUGGCGCUUCUAUCCUUUUAAACUUGCAGUCGCAUUCCGCCGCCCCUGCUGGCUGCGACUUUUUGCACUACAACCAUGAUCCAAGUGCUCUAAUCUGGUCACGUCACCCUUAUCGGCUUUUUUGUUGUUGUUCAUACACGCUCUGUGGUAUCUCGUUGGGUCCAGGAGCUUUGUGGCAAUGAGCAAUGCAGCUUUCUGCGCCGCCAGACUCGGAGCUCCCUCGGCAAUACAGGCAUUCGCGAGCUAUGGCUUGCAAGCUCAUGCCCAGCAAUCGCGGCGUUCUGAAACUCAGUUGCUCUUUCGGAAAGCUUUUUCAAGACCCAACAGCUCCUGUGAGAGACGGACAAUGUCACAGUUUGCAUAUCUGGCGCUGUGUCGUCCCGCGACCAUCACUAUACAACUGCCCUGUAUUUGAACGCAGCGCGUGUGCGUGUGAAAUGUUAUCUCAUGUCUCUGUAGAAUCUUUUUUUAUGAAUGAAUUGACUGUAUUGUACUUUGUUUUAGCGUUGCUUUUGCGCGCUUUAUAUGUCAUAUCUACCGGAUGACUUCAGUCGAAGCCAAUGUUCCUUGGAAUGUGCUGCGCGAAAAUGCGACCCUUUUGAGACUAAAAACAGGUUGUUUUAGCAAACUGCCUUCAGUCCUUUGUGCACACCUUGGUUUUAGUAACUAGGUUACUUGAAUGCUUGUGCAAAAUCGUGUCUGCACUGUUGGUAAUGCCACACUAUGUGACUGUAAAUUUUCCACCCGUACAAUACUGCUGGUUACGUCGAAUGUGUUCAGUGGUGUGAAAUUUGUAUCGACACGAAAGUGUUUUCAUACCACCGUUCCGUAACGUGUUGGAAGAGUUAACGAACGAGCUGAACCUGUUUCAUGUCAAAUAGUCAUGGGUCCAUUGUGUUCCUGUUUGUACAAUAUACAAUAUUGUGAUGAAUAAAGUACAAU